AUGGUUUUAUGUUGGCUUCGUUCUGUGUUGUACGAACGAGAGUCUGAUCCUUCAUUAAUAGCUAAAGGGGGAAAAUCCCCCAAAAUUUUGAAGUACCCCGCUCACUCCUCUUCACCUCUACCCUACUCCAUCUACAACGACUCCCCACCUCUAUCCUUUCUCUCUAUUCACCCACCUCUUCACCCACGUCCAACGCCUCCAACAAGAAGCCCUAGGGCCUCCGCCUUCACCCACGUUCUCACAGUCGAUCGUGAAUCAGUUUUCAGGUUAUUCGAAGAUUCAACCAACACGGAGGUGGAGGUUCGUUCAUUAAGUUUCUACCCUCAUCGACACACAAUAGAGGCUGGUUUCGUGGGUUCGUUCACCUUUACACCAACGACGGUGGAGCUAGAGAGAGUUUAUGGUGUGCAGUUAAUGCUAUUCAAAUAUGUUAUUUACCAGCCUCAUCCAGCGAAUCCAAUUCCCCUCCACCUUACUCCAACUCGAUCGGACUCGACUCACUCACUUCUACCCCUCUGGAACCGAUCAAUUGAAGCAAAAAGAGGCAGAUGGAAGGGAGAGGAGCAUGAUAGUUACUAGAGGUGAAUGCAGAAGUAUGUAGGUGUUUAUAUCACAUCAAUGGUGACUUUACCAGUACUCAUUUUUGAACCCAUGAGAAUGCUACAGAAAAUGGCAGAGUUGAUGGAAUACGCCCAUCUUUUAGAGCAAGCAGAUAAUUGUGAGGAUCCAUACAUGCGAUUAGUAUAUACAGGUAAGAAUCAUUACUCUUAAUUCCUUAUACACAUAGACACACACUACGCUGAUACACUCCUCUUUCUAUAUAAAUUUUCAAAACCAUGAAAUCUUUUUUAUUACAACAUCAUGGUUUAUAUCAGUAUAUUAUGCUCUACAACAAACCUGG